AUGAGUUUAAAAGAGCCAAAUUCGAGACUUACAAGAUGGCGCUUGAAAUUAACUGAAUACGACUUCGAAGUUGUCUAUAAACAGGGCAAAUAUAACACAAACGCUGAUGCUCUAUCUCGAAUUCAGUUAAAUGUCGAAGAAAUUAGUUCAAUAGCUGUAAACCCUUCCAUAAGGUCGGAUGACUCCAGAACCCUUACGGCUUCUGAAGGCACUGAUGAUUCUAGAACCAUCACAGUUCAUACUGAUGCGGAAAACCCCAUCUUGGAAAGUACUCCCCUGAGCAACAGGUUUACAUUAAAAAUCCCAUUGCUCCUAGACAAAAAUUGGCCCCACGCUAUACGCGUGACGAAAUCACUGCCAAUUUACCGAUACACAUUUACACUAAGAAAAGCCGAGGACCCGUUGCUAAGUCCCGACUUAAAAGAGUGCUUAAAAAUAAUCAAUUGUUACAGGGCUCAUCUAAUACUACUACUUCUCCUGCCAGUAACUGUAUGGACGCAGGAAGUAAAACUUGAGAACCUUGAUGAAGGCCCUGGUGUUUUGCCUUUCAAACUAGGUCCUACUAGAAUCAUAUCACACUAUCAUUCAUUCAUCCAAUCCAUUAACCUACAAGACAUCGAGACUAAAGUUAAUUCGGUAAUUAACCAACUAGAUGCCAUAGAACCAGUGCUUAGUAACAAAACUAACUCACUAUUUUCACCCCAUAUUCAGUACUUAACUAACAAAGCUUAUAGUGUGCUUGAACAAUUACAAAGCUUCGAAAUACAUCGUACAAAACGAGGAUUAGUAGAUGGACUUGGUAGUAUAGUUAAGAGUAUAACGGGUAACCUAGAUCAAACAGAUGCAUUGCAUUAUAAUCAAGCGAUUAAAGAUCUUAAAUCUAGCGAAAAUCAGUUAGUAACAGAAUUGAAUAAUCAGGUUAGCAUCUCUAAGGAAUGGAUGACUCAAUACUCGAACAUAAUAGAUAAUAUCACGAAAAAUCAGGUAAAAAUUGAACAGUUAAUUUACAAAAUUAGUCAGGCAGAUGCUACUCGUGACUAUAACCUAGUUAAAUAUGCACAUUUAGCACAAACAUUCUUAAUAAUCGACGACAACGUCGAUGCGAUUUCGCAAGAGAUACUUAGAUUGCAAAAUGUGUUAGCCUUUAUUAAAGUGUCGACUUUACAUCAUUCAAUUAUUCAGAGAAAAUCGCUUAAUAAUAUAUUCAGCAAGUUGCGAAGUUUGUAUAACAGCGACAAUAUAAUUGAGGUUGAUAUUAGAGAAUAUUAUGAAAUAAUUAGAGUAGGUUAUUAUUAUAAAGAUAAUAAAAUUAUUAUAGUUCUUAAAUUCCCAAUAGUUCUUCCUCAAAUAUAUACCUUGUUUAGAUUAUCUAUGAUUCCUAAUAAGUUCAAUGAAAUCCUUAUAUCUCCUUCCCCAUUCCUGGCAAUAUACGACAAAGAAUUCAGGUACAUAGAGGCUGAAUGCCCGAAGACCAGCAAGUGGUACAUCAGCUACGAGAACAGCGGAAUGCAGAACCGAGAUACUGAAGAUUGCAUCCAUCAACUCAUCACUGAGCAACAGAAGCUAACAACGUGCAAAGCGGCUCGAGUAACUAUUCAUCGCCCAGCUUAUGACGAGCUCGACGAGAAACACUAUACUAUGCACUUUCCCACACCCUCUAAAGUGCGUGUAUCCUGCGGACAGGAUCUCUUCAAAGAAUUAAAAGGAAGCUACCUUGCAACUAUUCCGAAGAGUUGCUCUAUUACUACAUCAGACUUCGUCAUCUCAAAUAUGAACGAUCACAUUGAAGGCCAAGUACUAAAGAUUAUGGAUAUAACUUCAGAGGAAUCACCGCAGCUGCAAUCACCAACUUCAAUAGAGUUAAAUACCAUCAACCUUAAUCAUCUACAUGAGAUCAACACAAAAGUUUCAGCGCAGCAUCCGAUAAAUAUAAAGUUAGAAGCAACCGAAAGCAGUAUAUACCACACAACCAUACCACUAUAUCUCAUAAUCGUGGGAAUUGGUGUGUCCUUUAUUGCGUUCCUGAUUUAUAAGAAAUACUGGCGUAUCCAAGAAUCUAUUAAAGAAGCACCAACGGAAAUUGUAGUCCCUGAAGUCAGAACAAGGUUUGACCCUGAUCAACCCCCAGCUUCCUUCACAUCAAAGGUGUUCAGGCGCUGUUCUACGGGGGGAGGUGUUACGCGAGGCAACCCUGCAGCGAGUACGUGAGGCAGCCCUUGCCAAAAGUGCAAGAUUGCACCCAUUGUUCGGCCGCAUUCCUUUGUAUGAGCGUCACCUACUCUUUCACAAUAUGUAAUAAUUAUUUUAACACUUUUACUCCCAACUUUGGAGUAAACAGGCACUUACUUGUAACUUAGCUGUAGUUUUUAAUAUUAAAUCUAAUCAUAAGUCAAAUUUGGG